AUGGCGACAGGGCACAGAGUAUCGGCAGCACAGUUUUCUACAACUAUAAAGAAUGAUAGGAUUCAGGUUGACCACCUUGUUAUUGGUGCAGGUGUAGUCGGUUUAUCUAUAGCAGAACGAUUAUCCCGUCAUUCGACCGCCUCCACUCUUCUUCUUGACCAACAUUCAGUUUUUGGAAAUGAAACAUCGUCUAGAAACUCGCAAGUAAUUCACGCAGGAAUAUACUACCCAGAUGACUCGCUCAAGACAAAGCUGUGCAUACGAGGCAGAGAACUAAUGUACGAUUUAUGUAACAAAAACAAUAUCCCAUUCAAGAAGAUUGGCAAGUGGAUUGUUGCUGUAUCGCAGCAACAGACUGAGGAUCUGCAUGCGUUGCAGAAAAAAGCGCAUGGAUUGGGUGUAGAAACCUUUUUUCUAACAAAAAAGGCUGCGAUAAAAGAGGAGCCUCAUGUCAGCGCCUAUUCAGUACUUGCUAGUCCAACCACGGGAAUCUUGGAUGUUCAUAGAUAUAUGCAAUAUCUAGAGAAUGCUUUUAUAGAUCAGGGUGGUACUACAAGUUACCAUUCUUUAGUGUCGGCGAUUGAAAAGCAUGUAAAUGGAGGCUAUUUGGUGACGAUCCGAUCAUCGGAUGGAUCGCAUACUCAGAUUGUCGCUGGUGUUCUUGUCAAUGCAGCAGGGCUUUAUGCGACAAAUAUUGCGUCUAUGCUUAUGCCACCUUCUCAAACUGCUUCACUCCAGAUGCACUAUUGCAAGGGUCACUAUUUUUCAUACAGGCGAUCCAACUCGCCUGUUUCGCGUCUUAUCUAUCCAUUGCCAGAAAAAAAUGUCCAAAGCCUGGGUAUUCAUUGUACGCUGGAUCUAGAGGGCAGGCUCAAGUUUGGGCCUGAUGUAUUGUUCAUUGACAACUGCACAGACUAUAGUAUGGGUUCAGAUUGUGAUGAUGGUGGAGCAGUGAUGCGCAAGUUUCAUCAAGCUAUUACUUUGUAUAUGCCCAUGGUAAAUCUAAGUGAUUUGAAGGCCGAUUUUGUUGGAAUUCGGCCAAAACUGUCUGGGCCAGGCGAGCCAUUUCGCGACUUUGUAAUAGAGAUACCAGAUGAACUACCUGGGUUUGUAAACUUGAUUGGGAUUGAAUCGCCUGGAUUGACAUCAAGUCAGGCGAUUGCUGAGCAUGUUCAUAUGCUUUUGUUUGGCAAGUGA